AUGGACGGAUUCCCUGAGGAUGCCGUCACCGUCGCGAGGGCGGCGCUCACGACGGCGGCGCGUGACUGGACUCUGGACGCGGUCUUCGCGAUGAACGAGAACACGGAGAGGACCUUCACGUCCGCCGACGAUCUUGACGACCUGAACCUCGCUGCUGAAAGCGAGUACAGAAAUUUCCCCGGCGAGGAGAUCACGAUAGCUAAAGGCUACUCGCGGAUCAUCGAAACUCUCGCCGCCGUGCUCCCAAAAGGGUCAAUCCAUUUGAACUCAAAAGUUCGCCGAAUCGAUUGGUGCGCCGACGACGGGCCGGUCAGGGUACACGUGGACGGAGGAGAUGUGGUCGCUGCGGAUCACGUGAUUGUCACGGUGUCUCUCGGGGUUUUGAAAUCAAGCCUGAGGAAGGAAGCGCUGGAGUUUUCUCCUGCUCUGCCGGAUUUUAAGAAAGAAGUGAUUGGACGGCUGGGAUUUGGCGUCGUGGACAAGCUUUUUAUGGAGAUCGACGGUGACGGUGACGGCGAGUUUCCGUUUCUGCAGCUGGCGUUUGAUGUGACGGAAGAAGGGCGCGUCGCGAAGAUCCCGUGGUGGAUGAGGAAAACGGCGUCGAUUUGCCGUAUCACGGCGGGUCGCACGUGCUGCUCGCGUGGCUGGCUGGGCCGGAGGGCCAUCAGGAAUGGAGGAGCUCAAUGAUGAGGAGAUUAUCAGUGGGGUCCACCUCAACGUUGGAUGGGUUUGAGGCGGUGGGGUGGGGGAGUA